AUGCUAGUGGCCUAUUUCUGCGAGAUAUUACUGAAUAUGGUCUUUUACAUAAUUUUAUUCCUCUCAUACACACUAGGGAACUAAAACUCAUAGUUAUAAAGAAGCAAAAGGAAAUUGGGUAGGGCUCCCAACCCCCCUUCCCAUCCCUUGUUUUCCUCUCUCACCUGUUUAUACCCGGAGGGUAGAGCACGUGUCUCCUCUCCCCCCUCCCAUGCGGGGAGGGGUCGCGCCCCAUGGCCAAUGGGAGUCUAGAGGGGCUGGGAAGUUUCCAGAGGCUGAGGGGGAGCCUAUAAAGGUGUGUGACUGGGUGGGUCUCCUUUAAACAUGCAGUCCAAGCGAGAGUGUGAGUUGUGGUGUGAGCGGGUGAAUCCAGUGAACAAGGCUGCGUUGGAAGCCUGGGUGAGGGAAACGGGGAUCCGACUGGUGCAAGUGAACGGGCAAAGGAAAUACGGCGGUCCACCCCCAGGCUGGGUAGGCAGCCCUCCUCCAGCAGGUUCAGAGGUGUUCAUCGGUCGCCUGCCCCAGGAUGUGUAUGAGCACCAGCUGAUUCCACUGUUCCAGCGAGUGGGGCGUCUCUACGAGUUUCGUCUCAUGAUGACUUUUAGUGGCCUGAACCGAGGCUUCGCCUAUGCUAGAUACAGCUCCCGCCGCGGGGCCCAGGCUGCCAUCGCCACUCUUCACAAUCACCCUCUUCGACCUGCCUGCCCGCUGCUGGUCUGCCGGAGCACGGAGAAAUGCGAGCUGACCCUGGAUGGGUUGCCACCAACCCUGAACCACCAGGCCUUGCUUCAGGCCCUGCAGCCUCUCGGGUCCGGUCUGCAGGAAGCACUGCUACUCCCCAGCCUUAUGUACCCCCACACACAGAUUGCACUGCUCAAGUUUAGCUCCCACCGGGCGGCAGCCAUGGCGAAGAAAGCUCUAGUAGAAGGGCGCUCAAAGCUCUGUGGUGAGCAGGUGACAGUAGAAUGGCUGAAGCCCGACCUGAAGCAACGACUCCGACAGCAAACAGAAGGUCCUUUAUUUCGGGGGUUGGGGCCUGAGAUAAGUCAUAGGACCUUGCCUGAGAAAUUAGGGACCCCAAUGCCCCACAGCUGUGCCCAGACUACCCUCGAGGCCGUGUGCCAACAGAAGCACCUAGGUAUGCCCGUAUUUCUCACUAAGUGCUUGGGCGCUGGGCCCGCAGGCUGGCACCGCUUCUGGUACCAAGUGGUGAUUCCUGGUCACCCCAUGCCUUUCAGUGGCCUCAUCUGGGUGGUUGUAACUAAAGAGGGGCCAAGUGGACAUGAAGUUGCCAAGAAUGCUGUGUCCCUUCGCCUCCUAGAAGCAUUAGGUGAGCCAAGAGAAAGCGAGAGCCCAGGAUUGGGGUGGCUUUCCUGCUAAAUAGCUUGUUAUUUCCUCUCUGUAAUAAUGUCAGUCAGCCUAGUCAAUUCCACCAGUUAUGGAGGUAGGGGGUAAAGAGCUCCUUAGUUCUUCAAGAAGGGCAGGGCCCUGAAGCUGGACAAGUGGGAAUGCUAGCCCUGGCUAAUCUAGAGGGGAAUCUCUUGUUCUUAUUCCAUUCUCUUUAUGCCAGGUACACUCCCCCUCCACCCACCUAAUUCUGUGUUGUCCCCAAUAGUUUUGUCCCUUAAGCUGUUUACUUGGUUGCUAGUUAGACAUAAGUCUUUUUUUUGUUCCUCUGCUCGUUGUUGUUACACCCGGUGUAACUUUGUUUUAUAUUUAAUUAAAAACUUAUGGUUUUGGUA